CUGUACUGACUGUAGUAUGCUUGUGCGAUGAGAUCCUGUCGAGCUGGGCAAGUGUGUGUAGGCUGGGUGGCCUCGUGGAACAAAGGAAGGAGAGCAAGAUAGAUACUGGCGACUGCUGGUGUUGUUGUCGGGGUUACGUGGGCUCGAGGUCAUCAUUGAAGGAUGGCUGAAGCCUGUGUGCUCCCCUGCUAAUGCUAUGCCAAACCGAGGUCCUUGUAAUGACUGGUGCUAGCUUCUGAUGCCAGUGAUGGUCAAACAGUGCCGGGUUUCUUGGCGUGUAGUUUUUCUUCGUUGAUGCGUGCUUUUCCCUUGCUAUCUUGACCGUGUGAGUUUGUGCGAAUAUGAGCGGAGAAGAGAUUCCCCAGUCGCAGAAUGGCCGGCGGGAUAUGUACGUUGGCUCGAAUGUUCACUUCUCUCCCAUCGAUGGCAAGCCAUUAUGCAGCUACUCGCAGAAGCUGUGCAAGCAAAGAAGGCUGAAUGGCUUUGCAUUUUGUAUUCGCCAUGUUUUGGAGGAUCCUCACUGUGACUUCAAGCAAUGUGCAUACGUCGCGAAAUACAAUGGAAAUCGAUGCACCAAUCCUAUUCCGACCAAGGAAGACCGGGUGUAUUGUAAUAGUCACCUUCAAGUUCUGGGAAUACUGCCCAAGACACGCAAAAGAAAGCAUGGAGAACCAGAGAUGUCACCGUCUACUCCUGGGUCGUUCAAAAUGAAGAAGCUGUUAGUACCAGCUAUAAACCAUCAAGCAGAAUCUUCAUUCCAGGCAGCACUUGCUCCGAAAUCUGUGGGAACGAAGAGAAGCAAAUUGUUGUCAGCCGAGAUUGUCAACAAUGACCUCAAUCAGCUAUUGUCGCACGCAUGUAUGAAUGAUUUGCAAACCAGGCUGCACGAGGAGCGUGAGGCAACUGGUGAAAAAGAUCUUCUCCCUCUUGUCUCUUGCUUGAGUGAUGACGAGGAAGAGGCCGCUGGUUGUGGAUAUCGGCGGACGGCUGAUCUGGUCAUGCGGUCAGAUCUUCCGAGGACAUCUCAGCCGCCUUCUUUGACCAUUGCCACUGAAGGGUGCAGCAGUGAGGGCAAUGUCACCAGCGAUACGUUUGCUGCAGGGCAUGUUGAAGAUGUGGCCACACUACAUCAGGACUAUGCCGAGAGAUGCCAAGAGCGCCUGAGGCAGCUGCGCCAGGAUGGAGUCCAGUCUUCCCGGGUGUAUCGCCAUUGCCAUCGGAACGAAGCCAUCGAUAAGUCAGUCACUCGUGGUUUGAUUGCAGCUUCGCGUAAGAAUACUUAUGCGGCGAGUAUUUUGCUUCUCAGGCAUCGGCUGCAGACCUGUCGCAAGCUUUCACGAAAAUCCAACCGUACCAAACCGUUGAAACACUGCGCCUACAUCCAACCGAACAAUAUCUACUGCGGCUUCGACCGUCUGCCAUUCUCACGUUUCUGUUCGUCCCAUGCAUCACAUGAUGCUCGACAAGUCCUCUUCAACAACCACGUGGACUGGAAUAGCGUGUCGUGGAGUGAAACUCUGCCUUUGGCCAAUCCGCCUGAGCCGCUUGGCAGGAGCCCUUCAACCAAGGCUGCUGCUAAGACCCCUGCCAGGGCAGUGACUAAGAUGCCAGCAAGGCUGUCAGCUGUGAAGCAGGAGCGAAGUCGAACACCAACUGAAGCUGAUGAGCAUCAGCGUCUAGCCGAGGAACCUCGUCGACCCGGCCGUGGCAGAGGAGGUGGAAGAGGAAGAGGCCGUGGCGCUGGCAGAGGGAGUGCGGCAGCGUCACGAUUGACAGCUUCUGGCCAGCCAUCUGGAAGGGGCAAAGGACCCGUCGGUCGUCCUCCCGGCAGUGGAACGAAGGGGGCUGGGCCAGGCGGCAGGAAAAAGGCAGUGGCCGCAGCUGCUCAAGUUUCUGCUCCUAUUCCUGCACCACCUCCACUGAUGCCCAGUACUGGUGGUAAGCAGAAGAUCGUUCUCACUCUGAAAGCACCUGCUGCUGGUGCCGCUGCUCCUACUUCUGCAACUUCUCGUCCGAUGCCUGCUUCUGCAUCUCGGAGCUCGGUUCCUGUCCACCAGAUGGCUCCAGAAGAGACCAUGUCUGAAUCUUCAUCAGGCAGCUACUCUGAUAGCUCUGGUUCGAAUUCCGAUUCUGGCUCAGAUUCAGACUCUGGCUCUGAGUCAGAUUCCAGCUAUGCAUCUAAUGAGGAAUCGCUAGAUCCCGCAUCAAGAAUGGUACCUCCGCCGAACGGUAUCAUUUCAUCCUCACGAAGUUCUAGUAGUAUUCAUUCCUCUGAUCGACGCGAUCUCACUUCAUCCGGCCAGCUCUUACCUAGUGGAAUCUAUCAAGAAGAAGGUGGACUAAUGUGGUCCCCUACCAAGAUGCAUUCUCCUGGUGUCACUGACCAACCAGUGCUGAAGUCGCCGUUCACCUCACCCUCCUAUCCGCCUGGAUAUUCAUCUCCCUCGUCAGCAUUCACUCAGACUUAUCAACCAUCACUCUCUAUGUCGUCACCUGCGAGUGGCUCUGCUGAAAUGGAUGCGUACCCGUAGCCGCGUUCAACAUGUGCCUGCUUCUGGUCUGCUGUAGUGUUUUGUUGUCUGUGUCCGAUUCUAUAUUUCAACUACUUUGCUGCUUCCCAUUGCCUUUGGGUCCCUGAUGCUAUUCCCGUCCUCCUUCGUUUGUACUCCAUUUACAGAGGUAUUGUGCUCCAUUGUCUAUCUCUCUUGCCCCCCCCCCCCCCACACACACACAUUCACCUUCAUUAGCCUUUAUUAUAAUUUGGCUUCCCUUUUUUUCUUUUUGACAGGCAGCUGGCUGUGUGUGUCCUUUUAGAAUAAUAAUAGUAGUUCGAAUUGUUAGGAUUGUGUUGCCUUUUUUUUUUACACCUGCUUUGUCUGGUUCUUUAUCUUCUGCUCAUUUCUUAUCAUCGAAGGACAUUAUGUGCAGCGUCUGUGGUUUUGAGCUCUCCUUGAGAUAUUGUUUUAUUGUCGUAGUGCAAGUGGCUUCUCCACUUUUUUUGGUGUUUCGGUCGCCUUUGUCGCAAAUGGAUCUUUUCUGUGAUCACGAACUAACUGAUUACUGACUGACCACUGCUGCUAGUAUACCGAGUGACAUUUAA